CAGCGGUGUAUAGUAAGAGGACAAUUUUGUCGUUAUUUUUCGGCUGUUUUCGAACAUAACUUAGGGGCAGCCGUUUUUUAUUUUGUUGUGUAAUACGAAGUAAUAAUAAUGAUUGAAUAAUUGCUGAUAAUUGUUCACGAAAACAUCCGAUACCUCGAAACAGAAAGGAUAUGUCGGAGGGUGAGAGUGUGAACAGUCUGGUGGUUGUGGUGCUGGACACCAACCCUGCAUGGUGGGGGCGGAACCUCAAGGGAUCAGACAGACAGAUUACAUUGACUAGGUGUGUGGACAGUGUGAUGGUGUUUGCCAACUCUCAUCUCAUGAUGAACCACAGCAACAAGCUUGCCAUCAUCGCAGCUCACUGUAAUGCAAGCCACUUUUUAUACCCGAAGAAGAACUUGAGCACAGAAGAUGUUGAGGGAGAUGAGCAAACAAAUGAUGGCAAAUAUGAGCUGUUUGAGAGAAUGAAUGAUCAGGUGAAGAACGAAAUUAAGGACCUCGUCAUCAACAGUAUGGAAAUGGAGUUUGAGAAUGAUUCAUUGAUUGCAGGUUCACUGGCAAUGGCUCUUUGCUAUAUUCACAGAAUGGAAAAAGAGUGUACCCAUGGGGUGAAACUUUCUUCAAGAAUACUGGUUGUAAAGGCAUCACAGGACAACCCAGCCCAGUACAUGAACCUCAUGAACUCCGUGUUCACAGCACAGAAACAGAAUGUGGUGAUUGAUGCCUGUGUCCUGGACACAGACUCAGGACUUCUCCAGCAGGCAUGUGACAUCACAGGAGGCAUAUACCUCAAGAUUCCACAGCCUGCAGGCCUGCUGCAAUAUCUGCUGUGGGUGUACCUGCCAGACCCAGGGUCACGUGACAUGCUGACCCUUCCACCCCGCGUCCAGGUUGACUACCGGGCAGCAUGCUUCUGUCACAGAAACCUCAUUGACAUUGGUUAUGUCUGCUCCGUAUGCCUCUCCAUUUUCUGCAACUUCAGCCCAAUUUGUUCAACAUGCCAAACUACAUUUAAGAUCAUGGCUCCUCCAAAGAUGGUGAAGAGAAAGAUAAAGAAAUGAACAGGCCGAUCAUGUGGACUGAAGACUACAGCUGACUGGACCAUAGCAUGGCACAUGGUGUGCCUUAUGAUACAGGCAGUAGGAAUGGUGCUGAGAGCAUGGAACAGUAGGACUGUGUUUCAAUAUGAAAGGGAAGAUUGGUGCUACCUCAGCUAAGUGUACAGCGCUAUGAACAAAAAAGGAAGUUUCAUUGACAUGUGUGCUCUUUUUGUUGAUAUUGAUUAUAUGAAUGAUGUCUUUACAAAAAAUGUAAAAACAAGAAAUAUUUUUGGGAACAGUUUUAUUUC